GUUGCCGUGUCCGAGAGAACCCGAGUCGUCGCCAAAGCUCUCGAUUUCGCGCAACCAAGCUCCGGACUCCAGCUCUCCAAACUCUGCCCUCCAGUCUACGCUGCAUCGCGGCGUCUCGAGACGACAAAUCUCCCCUCUCCUCCUCACGCUCGCCAUGCAGGCUCUUCCCAGGACGGCGGCGCGCUCGGCCGCGUUGCGCCAGGCUGCCCGUCGCGCCUACAGCUCCUCCAACAGCCCCUACUCCAAGACGAUCGAGAACCUGCGCAUCAACGGCGACACCAAGGUCAUCUUUCAGGGCUUCACUGGCAAGCAGGGAACCUUCCACGCCCAGCAGGCCAUUGAAUACGGAACCAAGGUCGUCGGCGGCACGAACCCCAAGAAGGCUGGCCAGUCGCAUCUCAACCUGCCCGUCUUCAAGAACGUCUCUGAUGCCGUCAAGGAGACCGGCGCGACUGCCACGGCCCUCUUCGUCCCUCCUCCCCUGGCCGCUGCCGGUAUCGAAGAGGCCCUCGAGGCUGAGAUUCCCCUCGUCGUCUGCAUCACUGAGGGCAUUCCGCAACACGACAUGGUGCGCAUCACGUCGAUGCUUAAGUCGCAGAGCAAGACCCGUCUCGUCGGCCCCAACUGCCCCGGCAUUAUCGCUCCCGGCCUAUGCAAGAUCGGAAUCAUGCCUGGCUUCAUCCACAAGCGCGGCCGCAUCGGUAUCGUCUCUCGCUCUGGCACCCUGACCUACGAGGCUGUCAACCAGACUACCCAGGCCGGCCUGGGCCAGUCGCUCGUCGUUGGCAUUGGCGGUGACCCCUUCAGCGGCACCAACUUCAUUGACUGCCUCAAGGUCUUCACUGAAGAUCCCGAGACGGACGGCAUCAUCAUGAUUGGCGAGAUUGGUGGCUCCGCCGAGGAGGAAGCCGCCGAGUUCCUCAAGCAGGCCAACACGGUCGGCGGCGGCAAGCCUGUCGUUUCCUUCAUCGCCGGUAUUUCUGCCCCUCCCGGUCGCCGUAUGGGUCACGCCGGCGCCAUCGUUUCUGGCGGCAAGGGCGGCGCCGACUCCAAGAUCAGCGCCCUCGAGGCCGCCGGCGUCAUUGUUGAGCGCUCACCCGCUGGCCUCGGCAAGGCGUUGUACGACGAGUUUGUUCGUCGGGAUCUUUUGUAAUUUAGUCGAUGGAGAGGUCGAGGCUCCCGUGUCGAGGCGCGCCGACGGCCGCUGACGGGCGCGGUGGCUGAUUUGUUCCAUUAUCAUACCGUAAGAUAGACUGGCACCAUGCCGAAUGUACCAAAUCGAUCCGCACAGCCGGGCGAUGUGCUGUUGGGGGACGCCAAUCGUUGCACCCCAGUUCACUUGGUCGAAUAGCGCCGGUUUGCGUGCGCUACGCAACUGAUGCGGGCAGCUAUCGUCGGCACUGCUAUGGAUUCACUCGGCAUCAGACAGG